AUGCGCGACCCUGAAAGCCCGUGGCGAUGCAGCCACGAAGGAUGUCCCGACCCGGCCUAUCCCAACAAGAAGGCGGAAUGCAGAACAUACAAAACCAAGCGCGAGGUGCAUCGUCAGAAGUACCAUUGCACUCAGGUAACAGUUGUGUACAACGGCGAACGGAUAACUGUCUUUCGCGAUACUAAGACAAGCCUCUUCUUCUGCCCAUGCGGAUCGUUCAAGCACGCGCGCCGUCAUAGCCGCCGACUACAGACACUCUGCGCCCGCGAAGAGCACCCCGCACCCCACGCAAUCGGUCCUAGCCCGGACAGUGACGAGGAUGAGGAGGACGAGGAGGACAUCGACAACAGCGAGUAUACCAUGGGCAGCGACGAGGACGAUCGGUCGCGAAGCGCCAGUAUCAGCGUCAUCAGCGUUCACGACAGCCCGAAGGCAAGACAGCCAGCCAGGAAGCCCCUCCGCGCCGCUCCUGCCAGUCGCCUACGGCAAGCUAACCACCAGUUGCUGCCCCUCUCUCCUCAGUGUUCAUCGGUCACAACCCUCGUCUCUUCCGCUGGUCCACGCGCACCUCCGACCGAAGCUCCAACACCGACGGAAAUGAGUCAUGUCGGUCUACAACGACCAAGAAUCGGUCGUCCGCCCGCUCACCUGAUUCGCGCUCUUGCAACUGCCUCCGCAAGUGUGUCAUCGCCCGAGCACACUGCGACGUUGGGUACCCAGACCCCCGGCAAGCGCAAGCGCUCCUCGUCAUUGCCUAGGACAACAAGGGCUAAAAGGCACCAGCGCGACUCCGAGUCGUCCGACUCCGAAGAGGGUCUGAAAAUUGAGAUUGAGAAGCUGAAGAGAAAAAUCAGGAAGCAAAAGCUCCGCGGUGAGCUACACGACCUGGCGAGGAAGCUCAAAGAUCUCGAGCACGAGACGGACGACAUCUGGGAUACGAGCCUUCACGACAUAAUGCAGGCCAGUCGAACCGGCAUAAUCAAUUCGGAGGUUCGAGUGCUCGGCCGCCUCAUGGGGGUCUUCACCGCUGGCAUUCUUUCGAUAAGCCAGCCAGGGUGUUUUCGACCAGGGUGUCCCAACCCGCUCCACCCUGACAAGAAAGACGGCUUCACGAACUACCGUGCCAAGCGCGAAGAGCAUUGCCAGAGAUACCACAGCGUGCACGUAACGGUAGACUACCAGGGCGACAGAAUCACUGUGUUCCGCGACCUCGAGACGGGAUUCUUCUACUGCCCAUGCGGAGCGCCGAAGCACGCUCGCCGCCACAGCCGCCGCCUCAGAUCACUCUGUGCUCGCAUACAUCACCCAUCCCCUGAUGAUCUCGGCCCCAGCCCUGAUAGCGACGGCGAGGACGACGUAGAUGAGGACGACGAGGCUAUCGACGACCAUUCCGCCACAGUUGACGAUGAAGAUUACCAGUCUACUGCCGACAACAGCGUCAUCAGCGUUAGCGACGGUCUCGAGUCCAGCCCGCCCCUCCGCCCCAGUCCCGCCAGCCACAUGCGCAGGAGCAAUGGGCAAUUCGCCCCCCGCAAUAGCGGCAGCGCCUCGACCUCGAACACGCGCGCGUCGGCGUCCAAUGCCACAGUCUCUAGCGCCGCUUACGUCGGGGCCCAGCGACCGCGGAUUGGCCGACCACCUGCGCAUCUCCUUCGUGCUCGUGCAGCAGCCGCCGCGAACACGCAGAAGCCCAAGAGCACAGCAUCAUCGAGCUCGCAGAUGCCCCGGAAGCGCAAGCGUACGUCCUAUGAGUCACCUGCGAUGAAUACAAGAGCUGGGUGGAAGAAGCGGCUGUCUUCCGACUCCGAGGAGGACCUGAAGAGGCAGGUCGAUGAGGCCGAGAAGCAACUCAGGAAGCAUAAGCUUCGCAAGGAGCUCCGCGACUUGAACGGAAAGCUGGAGGACCUCAAGCGCGAGAGCGGGGGAUUAUAA